CGAUGCUCUGCCACUUCUCAGAAUGGUGCUCGGUUGCAAAUUGAGCAGUCAGUUGACUACAUUUUUUUUUACACCAUUUCAGCAGCUCAAAAGAUUUGAGUCUGAUCCAAAAUCAAAAAGCCUGGUCUUGGUGACAUCCCUGGAGGAGAGGGGUGUGGCUCAUUCAUUGCAGUGCUAUAUCAUCACCAAAGAUCAUUCGCUGUCUGCCAGUCUGUUCAAUCAGGACACAGGAUUAUAAUCUGCAAAGGCUUCAGUCUGCUGAAUGGUCUGCAUUCAUCUCAAAAUGGCUGUUGGGAUUGUCUUAGCUGUUCUGCUGUAUGUUAUUUCAGUAGUUUCAUCAACACACCCAAAGGAGCAAACCGUCGUUGGAAUCAUCGGACAGCCCGUCCUUCUUCCCUGUGACCGCUCCACAUUGGCAACUCCCAACUACCCAACAAAAACCCGAAUAUAUUGGCAAGAUUUAACCCCCAGAGUGCUGCAUGUUUUCAAAGAUGGAAACGAGGAGUAUGUACACCAAAACAGUUGGUACAAAAACAGGACAUCAAUUAACACAGAUCAGUUGGCUUCUGGAAAUCUGUCACUCCUGCUCAACCCAGUUAAUGUCCGAGACAAUCUCCUGACCUGCAAGGUUAUUCUAAUAAUCAAUGACGUCGAUUCUCAAGAGUGCCAAAUCACUGUCAAUGUAGCAGCAAGUUACCAAAAGCCCACAUUAAACUUCAAAGACAUGACGCUUGUGUGCACCACCCACGGAGGCUUCCCUGAACACCAGGUGACAUGGAGGACCCAUAACCGUACUCUGGAGCGUCACGAGGCUGUCACCAAGACGACCCAGGAUCCUGUAACAGGAAACUACAACAUCAGCAGCCGAGUGAAUGUGACAGAGGGACAGAAUCUAACCUGCAGUAUCUACAACCCCAUCCUCAAUGAGACCCAGAGUAACUUUAUCGUCAUACCAACCUCCAAAGAGGAAAACAAUUUUCUGAAAUGUUUCCUGGCGGUAGUUUGUCCAUUGGUCGUAUUGGUGGCUGCCGUCAUUCUCUGUGUAAGAUACCCCAACCUCAGGAAGUCAUGGAGGAAGAUGAUCCAUUGCUGUCCUGAACCUGAAAACACUGCACAAGAAGCAGAAAUUGCAGAAUUGAAUCCACAACAGUAGAAAUCAAGUCCCAACCUUCUCCAGUGGUGAGGAAGACAAGUUACUGCGUUGUCCAUACUGCUGGACAACAUGAGGACAUUGGCCAAAAUACUGAGAGCCACACUGCUACCAGUAAUCUUGCAUGGAAGCUGAUAUGUGAUGCUAGUGAUCUAUGUCCAAUAUCCAGUGUUUAGGUCCAGGUGUUUAUACAAAAUUAUUGACUUAACGUAAGGAGAGAUCAAAUUGAGACGCUAAGAUAUAUGAAACACUUGAAGAAAAGAACCCAGACACAGAUAUAUUCAAUAUCAACUGUAGACACGAAAGGUGUUGUGUAACAGUGAACCUGUCACUGAACCUGAAUGUGUUGUGUUAUAAUGAAAAUGUUCUUGUCAUGUGUUUUAGUAUUGUCUAUGUGUCCCAACAUCUCACAGACAAUGAAGAAAGAAACAAUCAAACCUCAUUCAGACUUAGACAGGUAUGGAUAGAGAUCACAGGAGGUUGGUGGCACCUUAAUUGGGGAGGACGGCCUCGUGGUAAUGGCCGGAGCGAAAUCAGUGGAAUGGUAUCAAAUACGUAAAACAUAUGGUUUGAUGCCAUUCCAUUCACUCCGUUCCAGACAUCAUUAUGAGCCGUCCUCCCCUCAACAGCCUCCACUGAUAGAGAUUCAGGUUCUUUCUGCAUCUAACUUGCAGGUCUGCCGUUCAUCGCGGUAGUGAAUGUCAUGUCUCACCGUAUUUUUAUGGCUGAGUGAAUGUCAUGUCUCAUUGAUGGAAGAUGUUACAGUGCCUAUAGAAAGUUGACACUCCCCUAUGAAUGUUUUUCACAUUCCGUUGCUUUACAAAGCCUGCUCGCCUCUACAGGAUUGGUGGGUCCCCCUCGGAGACGGUUGAGCUAACGUAGGCUAAUGUGAUUAGCAUGAGGUUGUAAGUAACAAGAACGUUUCCCAGGACAUAGACAUAUCUGAUAUUGUCAGAAAGCUUAAAUUCUUGUUUAAUCUAACUGCGCUAUCGAAUUACAAAGCCUGCUAGCUAAAAACGUUACCUCACAAUGACAGAUAAACGAUUAUAGAAUAUAACUGUGAACUACAGAGCGUGGGUCGCUUGGGGGUUACCCUACGGUAGCCCCAGUUAGAUCAGGCUACUCAAUGUGUUUUAUAGAGUUUUUAUUUGUUUUUUCUUUUUCUUUUUGGAGGGGUUUACAGGAACAAUAUAUAUGUCAAUGAACAUAUUCUGUGUGUAUAACAUGUACCUGUGGGCUGUCACCCAAAAGAAAAACUGAAGAAAUACAUACAGAGAAAUGAUCAUAUUGACCAAGAAAAUAUUUUGUAGAAGUAUAAUUCAUAUGUAAAUAAACAAAACCUGUAUACCUAUUUCUGCCCAUUCCACCCACCACUUACCUCCUAAGCCCCUCCCCCCCUCUACUAGCCCCUGAACAUCCAAGGUUGCUUGUCAACUGAGGAUGUUUUUACACCCACCCCUCCCCCAGAGAAACCCCUUGCCACACCACCCCUUCCACACACCCCUUCCACAUGGGCCUGAAAGCAAAGAUAGUAUCAUGCCGAAUAGCCACCACUAGUCAGCCCCCCCCCCCAAUAGCCACAGUUGAUAAUAUGUUUAUGUUUUAUUUAAAUUAUUACUUGUAUUGUUUUGGUGGCAGGUAGCCUAGUGAUCAGAGCAGUGGCUCGGAUCCCCGAGCUGACAAAUUGAAAAACUGUCGUUCUACCCCUGAACAAGUUCACUGUUCCUAGGCCGUCAUUGAAAAUAUGAAUUUAUUCUUAACUGACUUGCCUAGUAAAAUAAAUUCUUCGAGGUCCGAGUUUAAUAUUUAAACUGUACCCUGUAGUUACAUCUGUACAUCUGACUAAUAAACUUUGAUAUUUUUA